AUGCCUACCCAACGCCCUCGAGCAGCUUUUCAGCCAAUAUCUCCUGAAAUAAACAUCCCGGCACUAGUGGAAUCGACACCAAACUUCGAGUAUGUGGCUCGAAUUCCUUGUGAUUCCAUUGACGAGCAUGGAGUCGAAAGCUUUGAAAGACUGGUGCACCUCCACGUAGUUUUGAGGGGACUACCUCUAGUUGUUGGAGGAUUCAAUGAUCAGAAGCGGGAAGUUGGCUCUAAGCGGCUGAAUAGCUCUAUUUUCUCUGAGAAGUGGUUAAGAGAGCAGUUCCAAAAUAAAACGGAAACUGCUCGAAAUUUGACUACUAAGACCGACCUUCAACUAACAAUUCCACACUAUCUGAAAAACAUGCCGAUGCUUACUGACCAGUGGAACCGAUACAACUACAAGGAGCCCCAUAGACAGCGAAUAUAUUUGAAGGACAUCGAUUGCCCCAAGGAAUGGCAUGAUGAUCUGCGAGAAGUCAUACCACCCUUUCUCUUUUAUCUCAAUAAGUCAUUGGGGGCUUCUCAGGAUAUGGGGGCAAAGACUGGCUCGUUGUCAAGCCGUAGAGAAGCUUAUUCGAAUACAGAGCUCCUACUGAAUAGAGCUGGGGAUCUUAUGAGUUGCCUUCCGCCAAGCAUGCGCGCAGAGAAUUUGAUGUGUUACAUUGGCCAUGAAGGAACCUAUACGCCAGCUCAUCAAGAGAUGUGUGCCAGCCUGGGUCAGAACAUUAUGGUUGAAGCAUCGGACGGCUCAACCAAAUAUGGAAAGGGUCGGACAAAGCCUGGCUCCUCGCUUUGGUUUAUGACUGAAAGCAAGGAUCGUCAUGUCGUCUCUGAGUACUGGAUGUCUACUCUAGGGCAUGACAUCGAUAUUGAGGACCAUUUCGCCCAGAUUAACGCUUGGAAAAUGGCACCCUUUAAAACAUAUGUUGUUGAACAAAGGCCCGGCGAUUUAAUUCUUAUUCCCCCUCUAGCGGCGCACCAGGUAUGGAAUCGUGGCACAAGAACAAUGAAGGUAGCGUGGAAUCGUACCACUGCGGAUACAUUGAAGUUAGCUCUUGACGAAGCACUUCCACGUGCCAGAAUGGUCUGUCGAGACGAGCAAUACAAGAACAAGGCCAUAAUUUUUUACUCGCUUAAACACUACUCUGGCCUACUCUCUAGAGGCAAUGAAAUCAAUAUGCGAGAUUUUCGAAUCCAGUUGCUACUGGAGGACUUCAAAAAGCUCUUUUCGUUGUAUACGCAAAUAUUAAUCUCCGAGAGCUUUGCGGAUGACACCUCUCAAGAGAUGGAAGUUGAAUAUGUCCCUUUUGACAGCAAUAUUACCUGCUCGUAUUGCCGAAGCAACGUAUUUAAUAGGUUCCUUACCUGCCCAUGGUGUAUCGGUGAUGAAGAUGAUACAUACGAUGUCUGCAUGGAAUGUUACAUUAUGGAGAACAAGACCAGCGACUCAGAGAGUAUGACCCCUAUCCGGAAGCGGAGAAAGAUCAGAGCCAGCGAAGAAAAAGGCCGGUGCCAUAUUUGCAGCUUGUUCAGAGCGUUCAAUAUCCUACCCCUGGAUACCAUGGAGGUGGAAAAGUGGAGAUGCCCGAAAUGUGAGAAGAGGUGCAGCUGUGCUGCUUGUCGUCGAGACCCUACGAUGCGUCCGUUUGAGCCAACGUGCACAUUGCUUGGCCACGACACGAGAAAGAUAGCGGACCCCCGUAGCGUGGAGAGCUUGAUUGAUUUUAGACAGUCGAAUAUCAGAUGGCUAAAGAAAGCAGGCGAUGAUGAGAUCGGUCGAUUGAUGAAGCACCAGAAAGAGGCGGAAGCAAAAAAUCGCAAUCUGCUGACGGAACAUUGUAUUCAAUUAGAAGAGCUACCUUUAAUGGCCACCCCGUCCACAGAUCAAACUCAAUUAGAAGGGUGCCAGGCAACAGGUUUCUCGACAGACCAUGGAGAGAUUCCGGUCGACCCUGCGUUGGAACACUUUGAUGGGUCAUUUUCAAAUACGCUGGACUAUUUCGGCCAUUGA